AUGCCAUCUGGUCAAGGAGCGGGAACGAACCCCAUCCACAACAAGAAGCCGAAGAAGGCGACCAAGGAGGAAGACGAGGACGACAAAGCGUACAAGGCAAAGCAAGCAGCGGAUAAGAAGGCACGCGAUGAGCUGGCCAAGAAGGCUGCAGGUAGUAAGGGUCCAUUAAAUACCGGCCAACAGGGCAUCAAGAAGAGCGGCAAGAAAUGA